AUGCUGCGGAUUCGGGCCGUGUCCGGUGAAAGCCUCAUGGAGAUAGAUGUGGGAAGCUUUCUGCAGACGCUUCCUGCAGGGAUGAGUCCUGUCCGGGCACUGAAGAAGCACCUGCACAGCAUGCUUGGGGUGUCAAGGUUCAGGCAAAGGCUUGUAUAUCUGGGUGACGAUACGAUUCUAGAUGAUGAUCACGCCUUGAGAGCUGGCGAGAUUCAGUUGCUUCUUCUAAACUUCUGCCAGGCAUCUGACAAUCAAACGUGGGCGCUGCGGGAUGCUGCCAGACGCGGCCUCACAUCAGAAGUGGAGAAUCUUCUCCAGGGGCCGCAAAACCCCAAUCAAGGAAGCCCGCUGUUUGUGGCAUCCGAGCACGGCCACCUGGAGGUGACACGUCUAUUGCUGGAGGCUCGUGCAGAUAUGGAUAAAGCCAUGCAGAGUGGCGAAACCCCCUUGUACAUCGCAACUCAGAAUGAACAGUUGGAGGUUGUCCGGCUUUUGUUGGAGGCCAAUGCGAACACGGACAAGGCGGAAGAGACUGGCGAAACCCCUUUGUAUGUUGCAGCUUUGAGUGGGCAGGUGGAAACUGUACGGCUUUUGCUUGAGGCCCACGCGGACAAGGAUAAAGAAAAAAAAGUCGUUCGGCUUUUGCUGGAGGCCCGGGCAGACAUGAACAAGGCUCCACAUCCUGCUCACCCGCCCCUGCACAUUGCAGCUCAGAAUGGCCAUGCAGAGAUUGCGGACCUUUUGCGCUGCCAUCUGAGACAGCCCAGGGUUUCGCAGAUCUUCCUGCGCACGGAAGAUAUCGCCAUGUGGAUCUUGCGCAAAGACCGCGCUGAGGGCUUAGGCAUUUUGGGGAUGCCAAGGUUUCCCUUGAAGGUUGAGGAGUAUCACGCAGAAGGGGAGCCAAAAGCACUGGCGGACAUCGGGUUGCCCUUGGACGAGGGGCAGCCGGGUGAUCAGUACCAGGUGCAGCUGCAGGUGAAGGGUCGCUUCCGCUCCGUCACCUGGGAGAGGCUGGAUACCCGAAACGUCCAGCGAAACGGCUUGCCCCGGACCAUGGGCCGAUAUUUUAUCGCCGGAAGCUGGAAUGACUGGCGCCCUGAAGAGAUGAUGCUCGAGGACGAAGCGGUGGGGCGCUUCACGAUCAAGGCAUCUCUGCCCAAGGGCAAGCAGCGUUUCCAAAUCCUGCGAAACCGGGACUGGCGCCAGCUGGCCGGGUGGCCCAGAACUGCUGAUGGGUCAUGA